GGGAAUGAUUAAAUCAAAGAAACAGGGGUGACACUUCCCAAAUACUGGUCCUGCUGUACCCAGCCAUUCCUGGUAUACUUCAGUUCCAGAUUUGUUGACGGCACCUGAGACAUCAUGCAGACUCUUUUGGGACUCUCCCUCUGCUUUGUGCUUGUUACUACAGGGGCGACCUUGGAGUGUGAAGUCUGUGCAGGUGUGGGCACUACCUGUACUGGCACCAUGCAGACUUGCGAGGCUGGCGAGGAUACCUGUGUCAUCGUUGUAUCCGAAAGUUCAGUGAUGGGAAUACAAACAAAGAGUGUGAUUAAGAUGUGUGAAUCAUCCAGCAUCUGUCAACACGGGCCACAAUACAUGCAUUUCGGCCAUGGACAGGAUAUGAGGACAAGCUUGGUUUGUUGUGUGGGAGAUGCUUGCAGAACUGCAACUCCACAACUGCCUCCAAUCAUCUCUAAACCCAACGGGAAACAAUGCCCAGCCUGCUUCAAUGUGUUUUCUGGAAACUGCAACCCAAAUAAGACGGUAGAUUGUGUUGGCCCAGAGACCGAGUGUCUUGAUUUGGAAGCAACAGUUACUUAUGGAAAGAUUGUGGCCGCUGUUAUGCAGAAGGGCUGUGUCACUAAAGGGGCAUGCAAUGAUACCAAAGUAAAUGAAGUCAAGUUGGCAGGAAUUCACACCAAUGUCAAAAAGCUGGAAUGCAAACCAGCCUCCGACAUUGCCUAAUAAGGUCAAUUGCCUUCUUGGUACUUUCUGCUGAUCAAUGGCCUUGCAUCUGGCUACAAAAUCUUGCAUUGUAUCUCCGUAUGCUUACUUGUAACUGUCUAUAAAGCAAUUUCUGCCUCCCAGGAGUCUUUGCUGGUCUAUCUGGGUGAAUCAAAUAAAACCUAACUUGCAUGAACAAA